AUGGUUCACCUCACAAACUCCAUACUCGCCGUGGUGCUGGGCCUUUCGACUCUCUCCGCGGCAGCCCGCCAUUCGACCGAUUCCGAAAAGACACACAAGCCCUCGUCCUUUGGCUACUUUGAAGACUGUAAAGCAUACACUGGCAGCGACCCCAACCCAGCCCCAAUCAUCACCGAUGAGGAUGGCUUUCCACGAUACCUGGUGAAGAGGGAUAUCCCACAGGCCAACUGCAACCACCCUACCAAAGAAUACGAGUUCCGAAACGGCCGACUGGUAUUUGUCGGAUACAAAUAUCCCAGCAGGGGCGCCAGGUGUGGCCGGCUGCCGAAAUACCGGUACUGCCUCUGGCACACCAUGUUCGGUGACAAGAAGGCCAUGGCUGGCACCCGCAACUGCCUCCCUCAUGUCGUGGAGCCGAACCCCCGUUCCAUCUCGACUUGCAACUGCUGGGUUGAAAUCAUCCACCGCGGCGGAGCUGGAACCCGCACAUGCGAUGCCAUCGCGAAAGGCGUCGGAGCCACCGUUGAGCAGAUCAAGGAAUGGAACCCCUGGGUUGGCGACGACUGCGACAGCGGACUGUAUGCCGGCAUGGGCAGCUGGGACCCAAGGGCUGUCUGCGCAGGUGUCAAGGGCUUUGUACCGCCUGGUGGCGCCGACCUCUGA